AUGAAUCCUGAAUAUGACUAUUUAUUUAAACUGCUCCUGAUUGGCGACUCUGGUGUUGGCAAAUCUUGUCUCCUGCUACGAUUUGCAGAUGAUACAUACACAGAAAGUUACAUCAGCACAAUUGGUGUGGACUUCAAAAUACGGACCAUUGAAUUAGAUGGAAAAACCAUUAAGCUUCAGAUUUGGGAUACAGCAGGUCAAGAAAGGUUUCGUACGAUCACUUCAAGUUACUACCGAGGUGCUCAUGGUAUCAUCGUUGUGUAUGAUGUCACAGAUCAGGAAUCCUUCAACAAUGUUAAACAAUGGCUACAAGAGAUUGACCGCUAUGCCAGUGAAAAUGUCAACAAGUUGUUGGUCGGCAACAAGUGCGACCUGACGACAAAGAAAGUAGUGGAUUACACAACAGCAAAGGAGUUCGCUGACUCUCUGGGUAUCCCCUUCUUGGAAACUAGUGCCAAGAAUGCCACCAACGUGGAGCAGGCCUUUAUGACCAUGGCUGCAGAAAUCAAAAAGAGAAUGGGCCCUGGGGCCGCCGCUGGCGGCGGCGACAAGCCUAACAUGAAGCUGACCCCUGGCACUACCGUCAAGCCCUCAUCGGGAGGCUGCUGCUGA